AUCGUCCACUCACCACACCUCUCUACCCCUCAUUCACUCACCCAUCACAAACGCUACGCGUUUACUCUUUCUCUCUUCCCUCUUCUUUCCUCUUUGCUCACUCCUCAACGCCAGUGUCGCAGUCCCAGCCAUGCCCGCCAAGGUCCACGUCUCGGACCACCCCCUCAUCGCGACCCAGCUUACGCGGCUGCGGCUGCACGACCUUCCUCCUGCCGAGUUCCGCCAUGGGAUCAAGGCUGUCUCCUCAAUGCUCAUGUACGAAGCGGCGCGCGAGUUGCCCCUCGUCGACGUCCCAGAUCUGCGCUCCCCGGUGGCGGCAUUCACCGGCAAAGCGAUCGGCACGCGCAUCGGCCUCUCCCCCAUCCUCCGUGCGGGCAUCGGCAUGACCGACGCAGCCCUCGAGGUCUUCCCUGAGGCGACGGUGCUGCAUCUCGGCCUCUUCCGUGAUAAGGCGACGCUGCAGGCGAUUGAAUACUACUCCAAGCUGCCCCGCGAACCGACCGCCGACAUCGUCUACGUCCUCGAUCCCCUUAUUGCGACAGGUGGCACAGCUGUGGCCGCGCUCGGCAUGCUCACCGAGUGGGGUCUGCCUCCUUCGCAAAUCAAGCUCGUCAGCGUCCUCGGUUCCAAGGUCGGCGUUGAGCAUGUCACCGCCGAGUUCCCUGAAGUCGAGGUGUUUAUCGGUGCAAUUGACGCCGAGCUCACAAACAAGGGCUACAUUUCGCCAGGCCUUGGUGACGCCGGCGACCGCAUGUUCAACACUGUCUAGUUCUAUUAUGCACAUAUAUCAGAG